UAUUAGAAAUUAUACGGCUCUGAUGAAGUCGACUGACGCAUACGCAUGCGCAUAAACUGUAAUAGCAAGGAUUCUAAAUCGAUAAUCGAGCCAACCAGCGGCGCCUCCCAGCGGAUUUCGGCUAUCACAAUGGCAGAUAAACAAAAUGCUCAAAAAAGUGUCAAAAUAGCCGCUGGAGCCGUAGUUUGUGUUGAAAGUGAAAUUAGAGGAGAUGUCACCAUAGGUCCCAGGACAGUGGUCCAUCCAAAAGCUCGUAUCAUUGCAGAGGCAGGGCCCAUCGUGAUUGGAGAAGGCAAUUUGAUCGAGGAGCAAGCUCUGAUCAUUAAUGGUUACCCAGAAAACAUCACACCAGAUUCAGAGGUGGAACCAAAGACGAUGACCAUUGGCAUGAACAACGUAUUUGAAGUUGGCUGUGUAUCACAAGCCCUGAAAAUCGGGGACAACAACGUGAUUGAAUCUAAAGCUGACGUUGGUAGGAAUGUGAUCCUCACCAGUGGCUGUAUCAUUGGAGCCUUCUGUCAGGUCAACACCUGCGAAGCCAUACCUGAGAACACAGUUAUUUAUGGCUCUGGAUGUAUGAGGCGGGUUCAGACAGAGAGACCGCAGCCCCAGACUCUUCAGCUCGACUUUCUGAUGAAGAUUUUGCCAAACUACCACCACUUGAAGAAAACAGUUAAAACAGGCCAUGGUGCUAGCUAAAAUGUAACUUUAUCCUUUCUGAAUCAAAUUGUAAAUGGCUAGCAAACCCUUAUUUAAAUGGAUAUUGUUGGAAAAAACAUUAAUGUAUAUAAUUAAUUAGUAUGUACCUAGCUUCAUCAGUACUUUUUCUUACUGAUAUUUUCUACUCUAUAUGCAGCAGCUGAUUGAGCAUUUCAUUUUUAUCUUGCUGUGCUGGACUGUUUUCUAUGAUUAAUUAAAUGUACAGUAUGUAAGUUCUGCCACUAUGGGUCUCUGAAUCAACACAAUAACAAAAUUGAAGCAGUAUGGAAUCAUGGGAGUUGUUCAUCCUUCAUUGUUAACCAGAACACGCAGCAAAUGGCAAUGAAUAAUUGUGCUCCAUCAUAAGUGAGCAAUACAAACAAAAGUAAGAGUAGCUAACUAGUUUACCAACUUCCUUCAUCACUCUGUGACAUCAUCUGGUGUUUCCCUGGAAGUUAUAGCUAGCUAGAAGGAUUAAAAUGGAUAUGAUGCCAUUGACACGUGACCAAAUAAAACACAUGAUCACCUUGAAUGAA